CUCCCUGACUCCUGUUAUUACAAGCAAAGUAACCACCAACUCCAUCUCAGUUGGUAAAUCUGAGAUGAUAACAACCAGUCGACCUCUACCUCAACCAGCUACCUCUCCAGUGGUCCUGCUGGUACUGGGAGUGCUGCUCUUCCUGGCCUUAGUGCUUCUCUCUGGGCUGGUUUACCAGAACAGAGUACUCAGGAAAGUACUCUCUAAGAGGAGGCAUAAGACUUUACCUGAAGUAAUCUAUGAGGAGAUUGACCACAGAAUCACUAAUGAAAGAACUCCCAUCUCAGCUCAAAAGGAAUAUAUUGACUCAGAGGCUCAGCAUUCUGGUUAUGAAGAUGUUGGUAAAGAGCUUUUCUCAGCAAAAUCUGUCAGUGAAGAAAAGACUGAGUAUUAUGAUGAUGCUGUCACCAGUAGUGGUGAUCUAGGGACAGAAAAUCCACAGGAUAAUUACAGUGACAUCACACAUGGACAGACACCUGAUACUGUAGCAAAGGAUGUGGUAGAGAUCUAUGAUGAUGCUGUUACUGUUGGACCAAACUCACAUCUUACAACAGAGUACUAUGAUGAUGUCAUCUCCCCUGGACAAGAUUCUUUAAGUGGUACAGACUAUGAUAACCUGUAAGACACAGAGGAAAGGCUUCAGUCGAAGAAAACCUCAUGAAUGAGAAUGCUUUUGCUCAGGAAAUGACAUUUGACCUCUUCAAACUCAAACAGUGUUUAGAUCAUAAAUGGUUCAAUGUCUUGCUUCACCCUUUUGCCAGAACACAUUUUUGAAAAUCAUUUUAAACAUAGAAGCAUCAUAGAAAUACAAUAUUAAUCCUUUUAUAUACAUAUAUUACAUGCAUGAUGUUGAAUUCGGUAGCUUAAAAUGGCUGAUAUGUUAUUUGUUGCAAGGGCUCAUUUAUCAGUAUUCAGUGUAUGUGCUCCCUGGGAAUCAAACCCAUGACCAUGGUGAUAUUAGCACCAUGUUCAUAAGAUUAUUAUGCUUUUAUACAGUUUUAUACACAGUUAGCCAGCAUUUAGAUUCUGUUUUGUUCUGGUUUUGUUUUGUAUAAAGAUGCACACCUCUGUAUAGGCCUACAACAAAGUCAUCAGUGUUAAAGGAUUGAUUCACUACUGAAUCCUAUAAAUAUGCACAAUAGAUACCUUGACCUGCCUUGACAACCGCCUU